AUGGAAUACUGCACUAAAUAUCAUCGCUUACCAUUCUUGGCUCUUGGUGUAUCUCUCGCUCGAUCUAACAAUAAAAAACAUAAAAUGGUUCUCAAUCGUGGCAUACAUACAUGGCCAUUUGAGUUUAGUCUUCCUGAAUAUUUACCUCCAUCAUCAGGUCCCAACAAUGAAGCAUAUCCUCACAUCAAAUAUUACAUUCGAGUUGCUCUUGAUAGACCAUGGUACAAAUCAAAUGUUACUCAAAAAUAUCAUCUGACGAUUUCUCCUCAUAUGAAUCUUCUUCAGAUGAGUGGCACUCAAAAGACAUUUUAUUCUGUUGAUCAAAAUCGUAAACAACUUCGUUUACAAUGUUGUCUUCUUCGUAGUGGCAUUUUACCUGGUCAGUUACUUUCUUUUAAAAUACAUCUUCACAAUCCUGAACGAACCAAAAUCAAAAGAAUCGAAGCAACUUUCAUUCAACAUAGAGAGACUGCUGUUGAUCGUCACAAUGAAACUAUUUUUUUUGUCAAUUUACCCAAUUUGCGCGAAUUCAAUGAACUAUAUUCAGAACGUAAUUUCGAUCUACUUGUUCCUAAUACUUAUCUAACACCUACCUACAAGUUCACGACAACAUCUCAUGGCAAGCCAUAUUAUAUUACCGUUCAUUAUGAACUUAAACUGAAAGUUAUAUGUCAUGGGAUCUUUACUAAGAUUGAAGUAAACAUUCCGGUUAUUGUUGGUACAGAGGCAAUCUCAGGACAACAGCAGCAGCAACAAAAUCAUGAUUUCACAAUGCUCAUAAAUACUAGUCCUGUUUUCAACGAAAAUGAUCUGCCACCAAGCUAUGAAACAGUAAUCCAAAAUAUGCAAUAG